GCUCAUCUCCAGCCCAUGCGUCGGCAAACGGUUCAACACGACGCUGACGCUGUGUCAAUCGAUGCUCGCUCUCAACCACCUUUCCUGGGAUCCCUGCCAUCUGACUUAGAUGCGGGCCGGGUUGGCCCAGGCAAAAUUCCACCUCAACGAUGCCCACGUCCAGCAGCGACUCCUCCAAGCCUUCCGCCAUGCCUUCGAGUCUCUCAAAGAGCUGCCUGCGGGCAGUGCGGCGAGCCCAGCAGCGUCCCUUCGAGUUGUCGCCGUUCUGUGUGAUAGCCAGGCAUCGGCAUCCUCGAUUCCCGAAGGCACCCAAUUCAUGUACUGCCUUGCAUCUGGUGCAAGUUACGACCUCCGGCCGAUCAUUUCAGAAGCCUUGAGACUGGCUGAGCUGCCCGCGUCGCUCGAUCCAAGCGACAUCCAGUUGGAACUGGUGAGGCUGUUGAAUAGCUCGAUCUCUGUCGGGCAACGUGAGUUUCAUGACAAGAUUGAGUUCCAGAAGAGCCGCCCUGACGCAAGCCGCGUGCAGACGACAGACACCAAGGGCUCGCACUAUAUAAGCAUCUCCAGUACAUUCACGAGCGCGGCGGAUCUGCCACUCACGAUGAAGCAGCUGGCACUGAGACGCUUGGGCUUGGAGCAGUUGGUGAUCAUCGACAAAACGAGAAAGCACCAGCGGAGCGACCCACUCCUGUUCAUACCUUCUCAAGCUGGCCACAAUGCGCUCUGGGUCACGGUCGAUUUGAACAAGCAGACCGCCAGUUCCCAGACCCGCACCCUUGUCUUUGUUGGCAACAGUGGCCCUGAGAGACGUUUCCAAGCCACGGGUCGCCCGAUGGAAGUAACGGUGGUGGGACGCCAGCUUUCAUCGCCAGAGGCAGCAUCCUCACACAUUCCACUCCGUGACGGUGAGACAUGCGUCUAUGGAAUCGAUCCGGACUCUGAGUUACACCACCCGUUUAUCAUAACGAACCAUCGAGGAGCCCUGGCCCUCCACCAUGUCGAUGUGCUCAAGCUCGGAGAGGCUCGGGUGAACCCGCAAACUAUUCCGCCCUCGGAUUGCCAUGUGGCCCACAAGAAGGAUAUCAAGGAGCUGAUCCUUGCCAACGGCGCACAGACCCACACCGGUCGCGGCAGCCACCCAAGACACAAUCUAACCACCUUCGAGGCUCUCAAGUUCGCCCCCGACAUCCUCCGUGCGCGAGUGCCCGUAUUUGCACUGAAGCAGCGCGCACCCACCGACAAGAUGGUCGAAUGGCGUUCCCGGUCGCUUGGCUUGUCCCAGGGCAAGACCAGCUUCUUCCGGUCCGAUGAAUUUGAGAUCUUUCGCGUGUCUGUGGCUCCGAUCCUGAGUGUAUUCAGAGAGACUGCCGUUUCGGAGGAGACCCUAGCCAAGGCGAAGCAGGCCCUCGCUGAGCUUGCCAAGACAAAGCCAACCGAUGCAAAGCUCUUCCCAAAGAUCUUUGAUCCGUACGAGAGGCGCAGGUAUUACACCCAGGCCAAGAUUGAGAUCCAUCAAUUCGUCGAGCGCUAUUCGGACAGGUCUCUUCCGAGGCACGUCUCGCUCCACAGCGAGCUCUGCCGUGUAUUCCCAAAGUACGACCAAACCGACCUUCCCAGCGACCAUCCCCAAAAGCCCAGCAACAGCGAGCCCGACAAGGACGCCGCCUGGGAGCAGGUGGAUCGAUACAAUUCGAUGAACCUUCGCGAACGCAGCGAGUUGCAGCUCAAUGACGAGCACCAAGUGUCAAUCCCCAUAGCCGUGACAGGCGCCGGUGGUGGUGCCGGUGGUGGUGCCAGCCACUCGAGUCCUGAUAUUACAGCACCAACAGGCCGGCGGCUUCUUGUCCCCCGAAACAAGAAGCGGUCGCUGGCCGGUGCAGCAGCAACAGAGCCGUCUGUUGACACUGGCACUGGCUCGACACCGCCGUCUCAGAGCAGCGGUCGCAACUCGCCGCAAAUGGGGCGGUUGCCCGACCCAGCAGGCAGCCGCCGCCUCACCUCGUACCUGAUCGUUGAGCCACCAAGCUACAGCCUUAUGCGCCAGACCGACGACGAGAUCAAGCACGAAUGUGGCCACGAAGGCAGUCUGCUUUGGUGGUACCGGUCGGCUGGCUUCCUGAGGGAACAAAGGCAGCACUCUGGCGACGGAACUCCUGGCGACUUUUCCGGCCGCAUCUACGGGAUGAAUUUUGUCGCCCAACCAGCCUCGACCACCAUCAGCCCGCCGUUCCUGCCUCCGAACCCUCGCAAGCGGCGGAACGAAGCGUGAGACUGAGACGGCGGAGUGGAUCGCAAGAGCAGGCUGGAAGAAUUGUAAUAGAGGUGUUGCAUAAUCGGCACUGCGCCUU